AUGGCACUAGAAGCAGUGGUAUAUCCACAAACACAAGACCACCCAUUUGGUUAUGGAGUGAAAGACUUGUACAACUGCAACUGGGGUUAUGAAGACCACCUCAACCUUGAAAAAGAAGAAGAACAAGGUUCUAUCAGUUUUCUUGAGAACCAAACAGGGAAUUAUCCUUAUGGAGAUUUGAAUAGUUCAUCAUCCACUACUUCAAUGUUACCCCAUUUGAAUGAACUUCAAGAAACCACUGACCCCAACAACAACAACAACAACAAUACAGAAAACUUAGAUAUCUCAACCUUCAUCCAAGCUCGUCCCAAGAGGCGCAGAGCCAAAAGCAGAAAGAACAAGGAAGAAAUUGAGAACCAGAGAAUGACUCACAUUGCUGUUGAGAGAAAUCGAAGGAAGCAGAUGAAUGAGUAUCUUUCUGUACUUCGUUCUCUAAUGCCUGACUCUUAUAUCCAAAGGGGUGAUCAAGCUUCUAUAAUUGGAGGUGCUAUUAACUUUGUUAAGGAGCUUGAGCAGAGGCUGCAACUUCUUGGUUCUCAGAAAGCAACAGUAGGGAAAUCUGAUGAUGAUGAUGAUGCAAAUAUGAUGAUGCCCUUUUCUGAGUUCUUCACUUUUCCCCAGUAUUCAACAAGUGCUAGUGGCUGCGAUAAUUCUGCAGCCAUAGGUGAGCACGUGGGUGAGGUUCAGUCUAGUAUUGCUGACAUAGAAGUGACAAUGGUGGAAAGCCAUGCAAACCUUAAAAUAAGAUCCAAGAAGCGGCCAAAGCAGCUCUUGAAGAUGGUGUCUGGUUUGCAUAGCAUGCGCCUCACGAUCUUGCACUUAAAUGUUACUACCACUGGUGGAAUUGUCCUCUACUCUCUCAGUGUUAAGGUAGAAGAUGAUUGCAAAUUGGGAUCGGUGGAUGAUAUAGCUGCAGCUGUGUACCAGAUGCUGGAUAGGAUUCAACAAGAGGCAAUGUUGAAUUAG